UCUACCAUGAGCUGUUUGGAUGUUAUGUACCCAGCCUAUGGACAUUACGCACCGUACGCACCGACUGCUCCUGCUUUCAUCAGUAGUUUACAGGCUCCCACUGGUCUGACCAGCACUUCUCCUCACUGCCGGGAUUUUAUGGACACUCCCAGGGGUCCUGAGGGGAUGUCUGGGGGCCCAGGCACCGGAGGGUCAACCUCCUCCUCCUCUUCGUCUGCAUCUUCCUCUUCCUCCUACACGCCUGCAGCUUCACGGCAGGAGGAGGGCCCGAAGGAGAAGCAGGAGGGCCCUGAGGCAGAGUACCUGACAUCUCGCUGUGUCCUCUUCACCUACUACCAGGGAGACAUCAGUAGUGUGGUUGAUGAGCACUUCUCAAGGGCCCUUAGUUCCUACAUGGAUGGAGAGGGCAAAAGGCGGGCAUCAGACCAACAGGGCACAGAUACCACCUCACCUAGCAGUCGACGAAGUUUCCCCCCAUCCUUCUGGGACAGCAAUUACACCUCGUCUCAGAGCCGCUCCCAUUGUGAGACGGGAGUGCCUUCCUAUUCCAUGGACCCAUACGCAUCAGGGCUACAUCCAGGCCUGGCGCACCCACAUGCUCAUCCUCACCCACACGCUCAUCCUCACUCCCACCCUCAUCCGCCAGAGAGUUGGGGAUACCCUCAGGCCCAGGCUUAUGGGCCCCCAAGGCCUCUCCAUGAACUGUAUUCUCCCUCAGCUUUGGAGCCCCACUACGGGCCCUUGCUCAUGCCCACGGUGCGGCCGCCUCACCUGGCUACCUUGCCAAGCCACUAUGAAGUGAGCAAGCUAGAGCCCACUGCCUCCUGGCCCAGCCUGCUUCCACCAGGGGAUGUCAGUCAGUCGCUGGCCCUCAACAUGGAUGCAGGCCUCCAACAGCACAAGAAAGGCAAGGAGCUGUACUGGUUCUAACGAGCCCUUCAGUCACAUUGACCAGCCAUUACCAGAUCCAAUUAGUCCCUGGACCUGCUCCGCUAUUGAAGCACCGUAUCCCUUUAUCCCCCCACACACUCCAUCCCCAUCUAUCCACCCCCUUCUCUCUGCUUCUGGCCUCCCCUGCCAGUAUACAGCCUUGCUCCAGGUCGACGUGUGUGCACCAUGGAG